AUGGAAUUAAGCCAUUCAAAGUUUACCUACGAAUACGUUUCCAACUCGAUAGAACAAGGUGUGAUCGAAGAUAUCAAUGCAGUGUUUCCAGUCUUGGGUGAUUCAACGUUAAUUCACAUAGCAACUUUCAAUAAUGAUCAAAAAUUAGUGGACUAUCUGCUCCGCAAAGGAGCUGAUAUAAAUUCAAAAAGUCAAUGCUGGGGUACAGUUGUUAAUAUUGCUGUUAUACUGAAUAAGCUGACAAUAGUUCAAACUCUAAUAAGCUUUGGAGCAGACUUUAGUAAUAUUAAUCAUCAAAUUGACUUCUCUGCAUUUAAACGUUUCCUAAACGCAGUUUGCAACUAUUUUAAAGAAAUUCCUGAGGUAUUACAUUUAAACGAUAUGUAUAAGGAUUUGGAAUUUGUUUUUACAUACUAUGAAGUUGCCGCUCAACCAUUAAAUAUCGCUAUUCAUGGAGGUUAUGUAAAAAUGGUAGAGCUACUUUUAGAAAAUAAUGCUGAUCCGAAUCCUGAUCCUGAUCGUUAUGGAUCACCACUAAUAUUUGCUUCUUCGGCAACAAAUAGAAAUUUACAAAUUAUAAAACUUCUUCUGGCCUACGGUUCAGAUGUUAAUUAUUGUUAUAAAAAUCGUAGAGAAACUCCUCUACAUAUUGUUGUCCAAGAGCAAAACUCGGAAGGAGUAAAAUUGUUCUUAAAUCAUGAUAUGAUUGAUAUAAAUAAAGUGACAAAAUAUAAAGAAUCAGCACUUCAUUACGGAAUUGAACAUAUGGCUAACGAUGAUAUCAUAAGGCAACUUUUUAAUGCUGGUAUUGAUAUUAAUUUAAAAAAUAGUGGUGGUGAAACAGCAUUUAAUAUUAAAAGUCGAAAUAAUUCAAAAAAAGUUGAUGAUGCAAUUACGGAACAUAUUGCGAAAUGUAGUGCGGCGAAUUUUUACGUCAGUGAAGAAAAUUUAGCAGUCGCAAAUAGUGGAAAAUUUGGCGAAUUACGCGACCAGUGCCUAAUCGAAAUUGAAAAAAUGAAGAUAACAUUUGUUGGUACAAGUUAUGUAACUUAUCAUUGCGUGUUGUAUAAUAAAUGUGUACACAAAUUAGCUUUACGUUUGAAAUAUGUCAGUGAUAGUACUAUUUCAAAUUUGGACAUUGAAUCUAUUUUUCCACUUUAUGGUGGAAUGAUGACUUACCGCUUAAAAAAAGCAUUAAGAAGAAAAAAAUUCUUAUUCAAUGCUAUUGAGUUAACUAAUGAUAUUUUCCAAGAACUGCAACUCCCAAGUACAGAUGAUCCUGACGAUGGCGAUGGCAGAAGACCAAUACCCUGA